UUACUAAACAUAUGUUUGAUUCAUGUAAUUUCAGGUGAAUAUUGUUAAGUUAGAUUAGUAGGUUGGUUAUGGAAAGUGCAAGUGAAUGGGUUGUGGCACAGUCUAUACAUUCAUUAUUGCAGGCGCCACUUUAUCAUUACAUCGUUGAAGGGUUGUUGGUUGUUUGGAUUAUUCGACUUUUAUUUUUCAAAAGUUACAAGAUUCAUGAUAAGGUUCCUCUCACUACUAAGGAGAAAGACGAACUGAUUGAAGAUUGGGAGCCGGAGCCACUUGUUCCUCCUCUUGAGGAAACAAGAGCCGUAUCCAAACCUUAUCGUGUCGUGUCAGGACAACCUGGAAAAGAGAUUGUAGUUGAUGGAUAUAAAUGCAAGAAUUUUGCUUCGUUGAAUUUUCUUGGUUUUGUUGAAAAUGAGCGAAUAUCAAAAGCUGCAACGGAAUGUGUUUCCAAAUAUGGGGUUGGGUCUUGUGGACCAAGAGGUUUUUAUGGAAGCUUUGAUGUUCACUUAGAACUUGAAAAGCGAAUUGCAAAGUUCACGGGCACUGAAUGCGCGAUUAUAUAUUCAUAUGGUUUCGCCACCAUUGCUAGUGCUAUACCUUCCUAUUCUAAGAGAGGCGAUAUUUUAUAUGUAGAUGAAGCAUGUUGUUUCGCGAUACAGAAAGGAGUCCAAGCAUCAAGAAGUAAUGUUGUUUACUUCAAACACAAUGACAUGGAAGAUUUGGAAAGUAAACUGCGUCAUCAGGAAAUGUUGGAUAAAAAAGAUGUUAAAAAAUCAUCAGUGACUCGUAAGUUUAUGGUGGUUGAAGGAAUCUACAUGAACACAGGAGAAAUCUGUGACUUGCCUCGACUUGUUGACUUAAAAUAUAAAUACAAAGUUCGUUUGUUUGUUGAAGAGUCGCUUUCUUUUGGAGUUCUUGGACAACAUGGCAGAGGUGUAACUGAACAUUACAAUAUUCCUGUUGAGAAAGUUGACAUGAUGUGCGGAAGCAUGGAAUAUUCGCUUGCAUCGACUGGUGGAUUUUGCUGUGGACGUGAAUACGUGAUCGACCACCAGCGACUCACAGGGUUGGGUUACGUCUUUUCUGCUUCACUUCCUCCACUGUUGGCUUGUGCCGCCAUUGAAGCAAUCGAUAUAAUGGAAGAAGAACAUGAAGUUCUGUUUCCCAAGCUGAAAAGUAAAGCAGUUUUGCUACAACAACUUGUCAGAAAAAUACCUUACAUUGAAGUAGUUGGAUACUUGGAAUCUCCUGCCUUCCACAUAAGAAGAUUGAAGAAAGUUUCAUUUGAAGAGGAUUUGAAAUUUCUCAAUGAUAUUGUGAACAAGAGUUGUGAACUGGGAGUUUGUCUCACUGUAGCAAGUCGUUUGAAGCAAAUUGAACUAAAAGAAGAUUGGCCACCAAGUAUUCGAGUUUCUGUGUCCGUUAAUAUGAGCGAUGAUGAAUUACAAAACAUGGCACAAGUUUUAACACAAGCUGUCCACUAUGCAAAUGAACAGGCAUAACUUUUAUAUAGGGUAAAAUAAUCAUAAUGUUAAAAACAUGAAAACACAAAAGUUAACUUGCACCCAGCACUUAGUCACAGCAUACGGUAUUAUAAAAUACAGCUUAAAUCUCACAGUAGAAUGUCAACUUUGAAAAUUUACCUGUCAGAUCCACUGCAGGGUACAUAAUGUAUGUAAAUAUGUAACCCCAUUGUUAACUAAUGUAUAUUUAUUAUCCAAUUAUUGUGUGGUAGCUUUACAUAUAACACGGUAGAUUUAGUUGUUGCAUUUAUAAAGUGUUACUUUUUAGUAAUUAAAAAUCACCAUUUUUCCUAUAUAAUGUGAACUGUACAUUUAAUGUAAAAUUAUGUUUUUCUUUAAUGAUAAUUUUUGUUUGUAAUUUCUUACUUUCUAAUUUCAGAAAAUGGUAAAAAAUGUAUGUAGUUGUGUAGUUAGUGUUUCGAUUGUAGCAGUGCCUUCUACCUUCAUUGUGGUACGUAGUAGAAUUUUUAUAGAAUUGUGUUAUGCAACUUAUAAUGCACUAUUAUUAUUAUUGUGUAUAACACCGUGUUUAAGUAAACAAGCUACUAUCCAAAA